AUGGCGUCGCACAUUGUUGGAUAUCCACGUAUGGGCCCUAAGAGAGAGCUCAAGUUUGCAUUGGAGUCCUUCUGGGAUGGCAAGAGCAGUGCUGAGGAUCUCCAGAAAGUGUCGGCGGAUCUCAGAUCGGCCAUCUGGAAACAGAUGUCUGAGGCUGGGACCAAGUUUAUCCCAAGCAACACCUUUGCUCACUACGACCAGGUUCUCGACACCACCGCCAUGCUCGGUGCUGUUCCUCCCAGAUACGGAUACACCAGCGGUGAGAUCGGGCUAGAUGUUUACUUCUCCAUGGCCAGAGGAAAUGCCUCUGUGCCCGCCAUGGAAAUGACCAAGUGGUUUGACACCAACUACCACUACAUCGUCCCUGAGUUGGGCCCUGAGGUCAAGUUCUCUUACGCAUCUCACAAGGCAGUCAAUGAGUACAAGGAGGCCAAGGCACUUGGUGUUGAUACCGUCCCUGUACUUGUUGGACCAGUCUCUUACUUGUUGCUUUCUAAGGCUGCCAAGGGUGUUGACAAGUCAUUCGACCUUCUUUCCCUUCUCCCCAAAAUCCUCCCUGUCUACAAGGAAGUGAUCACCGAGCUUAAGGCAGCUGGUGCCACCUGGAUUCAGCUUGAUGAGCCUGUCCUUGUUAUGGAUCUUGAGGGCCACAAACUCCAGGCCUUUACUGGGGCUUACGCUGAGCUUGAAUCAACCCUUUCUGGUUUGAACGUUCUUGUGGAGACCUACUUCGCUGAUAUCCCUGCUGAAGCAUACAAGACCCUAACUUCGUUGAAGGGUGUGACUGCCUUUGGAUUUGAUUUGGUUCGUGGCACCAAGACCCUUGAUUUGGUCAAGGCUAGUUUCCCCGCGGGAAAGUACCUAUUUGCUGGUGUUGUUGAUGGAAGGAACAUCUGGGCCAAUGACUUCGCUGCGUCUCUCACCACCUUACAGGCACUUGAGGGUGUUGUUGGAAAAGACAAGCUUGUGGUCUCAACCUCCUGCUCUCUUCUCCACACCGCCGUCGAUCUUAUCAAUGAGACCAAGCUUGACGAUGAAAUCAAGUCAUGGAUGGCGUUUGCUGCCCAGAAGGUCGUUGAAGUGAAUGCAUUGGCCAAGGCUUUGGCUGGUCAGAAGGAUGAGGCCCUUUUCUCUGCCAACGCUGCUGCUUUGGCUUCAAGGAGGUCUUCCCCAAGAGUCACCAACGAGGGUGUCCAGAAGGCUGCUGCUGCUUUGAAGGGAUCUGACCACCGUCGUGCAACUAAUGUUAGUGCUAGACUAGAUGCCCAGCAGAAGAAGCUCAACCUCCCAAUCCUGCCAACCACCACCAUUGGAUCCUUCCCACAGACCGUUGAGCUCAGGAGAGUUCGCAGAGAGUACAAAGCCAAGAAGGUUUCUGAGGAGGACUACGUUAAGGCCAUGAAGGAGGAGAUCAAGAAGGUUGUUGACCUCCAAGAGGAACUUGACAUCGAUGUUCUUGUCCACGGAGAGCCAGAGAGAAACGACAUGGUUGAGUACUUCGGGGAGCAGUUGUCUGGUUUUGCCUUCACCGCCAACGGAUGGGUCCAAUCUUAUGGAUCUCGUUGUGUGAAGCCACCAGUUAUCUACGGUGAUGUCAGCCGUCCCAAGGCAAUGACCGUCUUCUGGUCCUCCAUGGCUCAGAGCAUGACCUCCCGCCCAAUGAAGGGUAUGCUUACCGGCCCAGUCACCAUUCUCAACUGGUCCUUCGUCAGAAAUGACCAGCCCAGGCACGAAACCUGUUACCAGAUCGCUUUGGCCAUCAAGGACGAAGUCGAGGAUCUUGAGAAAGGUGGAAUUGGAGUCAUUCAGAUCGAUGAGGCUGCACUUAGAGAAGGACUCCCACUCAGGAAAGCAGAGCACGCUUUCUACUUGGACUGGGCUGUUCACUCCUUCAGAAUCACCAACUGUGGCGUCCAAGACAGCACCCAGAUCCACACUCACAUGUGCUACUCCCACUUCAAUGACAUCAUACACUCCAUCAUCGACAUGGACGCUGAUGUCAUCACCAUCGAGAACUCCCGAUCUGAUGAGAAGCUUCUCUCCGUGUUCCGUGAGGGAGUGAAAUACGGUGCCGGAAUUGGUCCAGGUGUCUACGACAUCCACUCUCCAAGAAUACCAUCUUCUGAGGAAAUCGCAGACAGAGUCAACAAGAUGCUUGCUGUCCUUGAGCAGAACAUCCUUUGGGUUAACCCUGACUGUGGUCUCAAGACCCGUAAGUACACCGAGGUCAAGCCUGCGCUCAAGAACAUGGUUGAUGCGGCUAAACUCAUCCGCUCCCAGCUCGCCAGUGCCAAGUGA